CGCAUUUUGGACUCUUCCAAAUCCCAUGUGUCUGCGCACACCCUAUCUUUCUCUCUCUCUCUUCGUCUUCUUCUACCUCUACAACUGAUUUUUUCUCAAUUUUCCCUCGAAAUCUUACGAUCAGAAGUUAGGGCUUGGAUUGGAGUUAGGAAAUGAUGAGCCGGUUCAAAGAGGAAGAGAGAAACGAGAAAGCCGUAAGGAAUCUGCUUAAACUUCCAGAGAAUAGGAGGUGUAUUAACUGCAACAGUUUGGGACCACAGUAUGUAUGCACUAACUUCUGGACAUUCGUUUGCACUACUUGCAGUGGAAUCCAUCGAGAGUUCACUCACAGGGUAAAGUCAGUGUCAAUGGCUAAAUUCACUUCACAGGAAGUUAGUGCCCUUCAAGGAGGCGGAAAUGCGAGUGCGAAGGAAAUUUAUUUCAAAAAUUGGGAUCCUCAACGGCAAUCUUUCCCAGACAGUAGUAAUGUUGAGAGGCUUCGGGACUUCAUUAAACAUGUGUAUGUGGAUAGAAGAUAUUCUGGUGAGAGGAGCUUUGACAAGCCUCCAAGAGUGAAGACGGGGGAAGCAGAAGGUUCUAGAAGUCCGCCAUUUAGGGACGGAAGGAACUCUGAAGAUGGGAAAUUGUCUAAUGGAGGUUUUAAGGUUGACAAGAAAUCUCCUGAUCACCAAAGAGAUCCAGAUAUAUCUAGCCCCCCUGUAAUAAGACCUGUUAGGGAUAUACUGGGAGAUAAAGCAUCUCCUGUUCGAAUUGAGGCUCCAAAAUCCAAUGGUUCAUUGCGUACACAGAGAACUGUAUCUUCCAGUAGCUUGGGAUCUUCUAACGAAAUUACAUCCGAACAUAAAACUGAAAGUUCCUUGAUAGAUUUUGAUGCUGUUCCCGAACCUUCUUCAACUGCCCAAGCGCCGCCACAAGUACAACAAGCGGCUCCAUCUGUCAGUCAGCCAACAACAUCAUCAAAUAACAAUUGGGCUAAUUUUGAUUCGUUUCAAGAAGCGAAACCAGUUCAUACUCCUUCAACUACCAACUUGCUAGAUGCACUUUCUGAACUAUCGGUUCCAGCAUUCAGUGCUAAUCCGCCAGCUGGACCAUCUGGCUACACACAGUUGCCGGUUUCCACACCAACAAGUUAUCCGACAAUUGCUCCUGGUCCCAAUGCCUUUGGUCAGGGGCAGCAUGUGCAUCCUCAGCAGAAUCAGGCCUUUGCCCUGUCAUUUAAUCAGGCUGUUGGUGGAUCUCACAACAACCAGCAAUGGAAUCCUUCACUAAGUGGGAAUAGUAAUACUCAAGUGCUUUCAAGUUCUCAAGGUGUGCAGACUCAAGUUACACAUGGGGUUGAUGUUAAACCGACAGCUAAAAAAGAAUUACCAGCGGAUUUAUUUUCUUCCAGUUUUUCGUCUUUUGCUGCUCCGGGUCCUGGCUGGUUUCCUGCUCCACAAUAUGGCAUGGGAUUCAACAUGCAAUAUAAUGUUCCGAUGCCCAUGCCACCGGUUUACCAGCAGCCAUCAAAACCUUCAAAUCCGUUUGAUGUCAACGACUCAUCUCCAGUUCAAGCUACAACAUUUCCGUCUAUGGUACCUUUGCAAGGGGCUCUACCAAACAUGGUACCACAAGCAAGCAUCAUCCACCGUACGACGAGCCUCGGUACUCUAUCACCAUCAUGGAUGCCAACCCAAUCAUCUAACCCGUUACCGUCAACAUCAACCUUACAUCGUACUACAAGCCUUGGUGCUCCUCCAUCGCCAUGGAUGCCCACCCAAUCAUCUCAUCCGUUAUCGUAUGGAUCCCCAAUGCCUUCUGGUCCAUUUAUGGGACAAGUGGGUCCCAACAUGCCACCUUCAUACAGGCCACAAGCAGCAGGUAGUUUUGGAUCCUUUAAUUUAAGUCAACAACAAAGUGGUUCAGGUGGAGGAAACCCGUUUGGUUGAAUCAGGUCAAAUCCGUUUCGACCUUUGUAGAUUAAGUUGAUAGAAAUUGUGUUUAUUGUGGGUGGGUGAGAGUGAAUUUUUGGUGUUGCCUCACAUGUUUGAUGGUAGAAAGUGAGAAGUUCAAGACUUGUCUGUAUGGGUGCAUGCUAUAUUCCCCUUGCAACUUGUAUCAUAUUUAAAUUUGAUAUAUAUAAAUGUAAAGAGAGUUGUAUAUA